AUGGAAAACUUGCCGAAAUGCGGAGCGAAUUACGCGGCGCUUACGCCGGUAAAUUUCUUAAAGCGAGCCGCUAUGGUGUAUUCAGCCAAAACCUCCAUCAUCUACGGACAAGUCCGUUUCACCUGGCGAGAAACCUACGAACGCUGCCGCCGCCUCGCUUCUUCCUUAAAAUCUUUGAACGUUGUCAAAAACAACGUGGUUUCGGUGUUGGCGCCAAAUAUUCCGGCAACCUACGAAAUGCAUUUCGCAGUUCCGAUGGCGGGCGCUGUCUUAAACACAAUCAACACCAGACUCGAUGCUAAGACCAUUUCCACCAUCCUCAAACACUCCGAGGCCAAAAUCUUCUUCGUUGACUUUCAGUUCGUCCCCAUAGCCAGCGAGGCCCUCCGUCUCCUCGUUUCGGAACCGGGAGUCGCCAUGCCCCUAGUCAUCGUCAUCGACGAUCUCGGUUCCCCGACUGGAGUCCGCCUGGGGGAGCUCGAGUACGAAGACUUAGUCCGCAGAGGAAAUCCAGGAUAUGUACCGGAAGAAAUUACGGAUGAAUGGGAUCCAAUCGCCUUGAAUUACACAUCAGGCACAACCUCCGCCCCGAAAGGCGUGGUUUAUAGCCACCGGGGAGCGUACCUGAGUACCCUGAGCCUGAUUUUGGGUUGGGAAAUGGGAACUUUUCCGGUUUACCUUUGGUCCCUCCCGAUGUUUCAUUGCAACGGGUGGACUUUUACCUGGGGAAUCGCAGCCCGGGGAGGAACCAACGUCUGUAUCCGAAACACGACGGCUCAGGAAAUGUACGACGCCAUCGGAAACCACAAUGUCACCCACAUGUGCUGCGCUCCCAUCAUAUUCAACAUUCUCCUGGACGCCAAACCGCACGAGCGCCGGAGAUUGACCAACCCGGUCCAGAUCCUCACCGGCGGAGCCCCGCCUCCGUCUGCCCUGUUGGAGAAAAUUGAAGCACUUGGAUUUCACAUCGUCCACGCAUACGGGCUAACCGAAGCCACAGGACCGGCCCUGGAUCGGUCCAAAGACGUGAUUAUUUCGGGGGGUGAGAAUAUUAGUAGCGUCGAAGUGGAGAGCGUGAUUUACAAACACCCUUGUGUGGUUGAAGCCUCUGUUGUGGCAAUGCCACACCCCAAGUGGGGAGAAAGUCCUUGUGCAUUUGUCACGUUGGCGAAAAACAUGGACGCUGCCGGUGUUACUCAGGCGGAUAUCAUAGCGCAUUGCCGUCAAAAUUUGCCGGCAUUUAUGGUGCCUAAGAAGGUGGAAUUCAUGGAUGAAUUGCCCAAGACUUCGACCGGGAAGAUUCAGAAGUUCCAUUUGAGAGCUUUGGCUAAAACUUUUGUGGUAGAGAUGGAUAAGGACGAGAAAACAUCAAGCCAGCAUCAAAAAUCGCGACAGAAAGUUGAUAAUCGGACGGUUCGUGGUGGCGGAUCGUACAACAGUGAACCGCACGAGCAGAUUUUGGCACUAUCUCGUCUAUGA